AUCGCGUUGUUUACGUUCAGUGAUUUGUUUGUCGACGUUCACCAGCGUUUAAUGUGUAAUGUGUGUUGACGAUUAAAAUGAAAAUAGUGAGAGCAUAGUGUUUCAUGGAUUUAAUCAUCGGAUUGUGAAUAUAUUUCAUCAGAAAAUGUCUUCGGCUGUGGGUCGCGACGAUAAAAACAAAAAUGGAUCUUCCAACAAGCGAAAAUACGGAAGAAGAGAAGAAUCCAGUAGUUCAGACUCCGACGACUACGUGCCCUACAUUCCCGUGAAGGAGCGAAAGAAGCAGCAGCUGAUGAAACUGGGGCGUCUCCGUCAGAUCAAAGAAGAGGGUCUAGCGGGAAAAAGUAGUAGUGAGAACGAGCGAGACAGGGAGGAAAAUGAGGAUGACGACGGUCAGGUCUGGGGCAGGAAGUCCAACAUAUCCCUGCUGGACCAGCACACAGAGCUGAAGAGAAUGGCAGAGGCCAAGAAGGAGAGUGCCCUCGAGAAGCAGUUGAAGGAGGAGGAGAAGAUCCUGGAGAGUGUCGCCGAGAACAAGGCGCUGAUGGGAGUGGCUGAGUUGGCCAAGGGGAUUCAGUACGAGGACCCCAUAAGAACGAGUUGGCGUACCCCUAGGGUUGUUCUGUCAGCAGGAGCAGAGAGAUCAGAGAAAAUCAGGAGAAAACUUCGCAUUCUGGCCGAGGGGGAAGAGGUGCCUCCUCCUCUCACCAGCUUCAAACAGAUGAAACUCCACCGAGGGAUCAUCCACGGCCUCGAGAAGAAGGGGAUCACUAGGCCAACGCCUAUUCAGGUCCAGGGGAUUCCCACUGUUCUCUCUGGUCGGGACAUGAUUGGAAUCGCCUUCACGGGCAGUGGAAAAACCCUCGUCUUUGUUCUCCCACUGAUCAUGUUCUGUCUCGAACAGGAAGUGGGAAUGCCAUUUGUCCCGAAUGAGGGUCCUUAUGGACUCGUCAUAUGUCCGUCGAGGGAGCUCGCCAAGCAGACGUUUGACAUCGUUCAGCAUUACACCAACAGCUUGAGGGCGGAGGGAUGCCCGGAGAUCAGGAGCUGCUUGGCCAUCGGGGGAGUACCACCUGCUGAGUCCUUGAAGAUUAUUGGGAGGGGGGUUCACAUCAUGGUGGCAACACCGGGGAGGCUCAUGGAUAUGCUGGGGAAGAAGACUGUUAAACUAGACGUCUGCAGGUACCUCUGCAUGGACGAAGCAGACAGGAUGAUAGACAUGGGGUUUGAGGAGGACGUGAGAACGAUUUUCUCGUUCUUCAGGGGUCAGAGGCAGACUCUCCUAUUCUCAGCAACCAUGCCGAAGAAAAUUCAGAACUUUGCGAGAUCCGCCUUGGUCAAACCUGUGACUAUAAACGUGGGGAGGGCUGGGGCUGCCUCGAUGAACGUGAUCCAGGAGGUGGACUACGUCAAGCAGGAAGCGAAGAUUGUUUAUCUCCUGGAGUGCCUCCAGAAGACGCCACCCCCAGUGCUGAUAUUCGCGGAGAAGAAGCAGGAUGUCGACGCCAUUCACGAGUACCUCCUGCUGAAGGGAGUGGAGGCAGUGGCGAUUCACGGGGGUAAGGAUCAGGAGGAACGAUCGAGGUCUGUGGAGGCCUUUCGAAAGGCCAAGAAGGACGUCCUUGUGGCCACUGAUGUAGCUUCCAAAGGGCUCGACUUUGCUGAUGUCCAGCAUGUCAUCAAUUACGACAUGCCUGAUGAUGUCGAGAACUAUGUGCAUCGCAUCGGUCGUACCGGACGCUCCGGCAAGACUGGCAUCGCCACGACAUUCAUUAAUAAAUCUAAUGACGAGUCCGUGCUGCUGGAUCUCAAACAUCUGCUCAUGGAGGCCAAGCAGAAGGUGCCACCGUUCCUCCUGGAGCUCUGCUCGGAGAAUGAGAAGUACCUCAAUCUCGGGGAUGAGAGGGGAUGCAGUUAUUGCGGUGGACUCGGCCACAGGAUUACUGAGUGCCCCAAAUUGGAGGCCAUUCAGAAUAAACAGGCUUCCAAUAUUGGACGGAGGGAUUAUCUCGCCAGUAAUGCUGCGGAUUAUUAAGGCGAGUAUUGGGAUUUUUUUAUUGGCGGGGUGAAACGAUAAUUGGAAGCAAUUAUCGUGAAUUAUUGCGAUGGAUAAUUGUCGGAUUAAAUUUCUCGCUUGGAUCCUGAUUUUUUGUUUACCCAUUUUUAAGGGGAUGUCGAUAAACGAUUGGAUGAAAUUAAAUAAUGGUUUUUUCAUCAUUUGAAAGAAUAUUUUGUUCUAAAGAGAAAAGAAUGACAAAAAAA